AUGUAGUUCUAAUCUAGGGAUCCUAUAAAUUAUAUUAAUAGGGAAAUUAAUCUUUAUGGAUUAUCAUAAACUACAUUUUUCAAAGUAAUUUUAAAUAGUAUUUAUUUAGGAUUAAUCUUCAAAUACUUAAAGAAUUUAUGUAGAACUAUAUUCAAAAGUGAGAAAUGGAGAUGCCAAAGGAGUCUAAUAUAUAUUGGGGAUUAAAGAUGAUGAUUCUCUUAUCAAUGUGCAGCCAAUCAAUAUAUAAUAGAUAGUUGAUGAAAAAUAAAAUACUUUGCUUAUGCAUGCAGUUUGGAAAGAUAAUACUUAAAUUUUUAUAGAUUUAAUUAAAUAUACACUUCAAAAUUUUGGGUAUGAAUUCAUUAUUUAAUUCUAGUAAGUCUGAAACUUAAUAAUGGGUUACUUAGUAAAAUGAUUCAGGAGUUUAAUGUAUGCAUUUAGCUACUCAAAAAGGAAAUAUAGAAAUUCUUGAUACUAUACUUAAAUUAGGAAUAUAAUUAGAUUAGAAAACUAAGCUAGGAUAAACAACUUUACAUAUAGCAUCACAAUCUAAUUAACCUAUCUUAUUAUAUUAUUUAAUAAAAAUUGCAAAAGUUAAUAUUGAUAUUACAGAUAAUGAUAACAGCACUGCUUUACAUUUAGCCAGUGAUUAAGGAAGUGAAUAAUGCGCUUCUUUACUUUUGGCUUGGGGUUGUAAAAUAAACUAAAAAAAUAUUAAUGGCUGUUCUCCACUUCAUGUUGCAGCUAGAGGUGGAGAAAUUGGGAUCACAAAAAAAUUACUUUUUUAUAAUGCCAAAACGAGAUUAAGAAAUAAAUAGGGGAAAACAGCUUAUUAAUUGUCUAUUGAAAAUGAAUACUAUGAUAUUAGUCAAAUGAUAUUGGAAUAUUAAGAAGGAAAUAUCAAAUGUAACAAUUUAUUUGGAUAGAAAAAUAAGGCUAGAAUUGUAUUAUAUUAAUUUAUAUAUUUAGAAUAAAAAAUGUAGAUUUUAAAUGUAUACUUUUAUUUUAAUGUUAAUACUCAAUUUAAUCUAUUAAAUUUUAUUUACUAUAGGAAAUAAUUUAUUUGGUUACAUUCAAAUUAUUUCAGAUAUAUUUGAAUUGUUUUUAUUUAUUUACAUAGUUAAUUCUGAUCCUGGAUAUUAAAUUCAAUAUAAAUAAGAAGGACAAUUAUUUUAUUAAAUUCUAUAAAAUAAUCCUUAAAAUUUAGAAAUUUGUUCAGAAUGUGAAACUCUUAAGGCAAAAAGAAGUAUACAUUGUGAUUUUUGCAAUAGGUGUAUUAUUGUAUUUGAUCAUCAUUGUCCAUGGAUAAAUAAUUGUAUUGGUGCUAAAAAUCAUUUUGUAUUCAUAAUAUUUAUAUGGCUCACUUUCUUAAUAAUUAGUUUACAAUUAUUUAUUUCAAUUGUAUUGUUUAUCAAUAUUAUAUGGAAAUAAACAUUUAUUGAAAUAACCUCCUCAAAAUUUUAUUAUUUGUAAACAUUUGAUAUAUUAUUUGAUUCACUCAAUGAUCUAAGAAUAUAUUUGA